AUGUCGAUACCCUACUUCAUGAGGAAGUGCUUGUCGCUGAUCUGCAGCUAUGUCCAGCUCGGGUUCGAGGACGGUAACGCCGAGGCGGAGUUCCGCGACUUUUUCGAGCAGGUCCAAAUCGCGGGCGGGGUAGACAAAGCGACGCUCGCGCCUGCGCUCGUGACUUCGCCUCUUGAGCGUCAGGCAUACGCCGAUCAUCUCAACGUCGCCUCCAUCGUCCUUAUUCCGCUAAGCAUCGCCGCGGAUGACCCGCUCUAUGCCAUCUUCUGCAUGGCGCUGAGCCUGGGCAUCCUUUCGGCCGGCGGUGCUGCGGCGGCCGGCGGGAGACCGCGGGGAGUAAACUACGGGCGUAGUUUACUCCCCGCGGUCUCGACGGUUAUCCACCUAAGCACGGGUCGCCUCCACCUCUUUGCCCAAAAUGAGAUUUGUGCAGCGGUUGCCGUCUUCAGCUUGCACCUCAACUUUUUGGACAAGCGCAAAAGCCUCUCUGUCCUCGCCUUGGCUUCAUUCGGCGCGCUGCACGUCGCGCCGCAGCUGAAGGCCCACGUGGCGCUCGCCACCUUCUACGGCACAAUCAUCGGACACAUGACCGAAUACUUGGCGGCUCAACUCAGAGUCUUCACCGCGAUGCAGACCGCAUACGCCGACGCGAACCAUUACGCAAAGAGCGCGGGCAUGAGGGUGCACCGGCACCUAGAGUCGACGCCACCUGAGGUCGACGCGGUCUUUAGCGGCCAGCAGGACUUCUCCAUGGCGUCGCGGAGCUCGGGACGCGGCCUCGUGGGUGCACUGCGCGCGUGCACACACCUCGGCGGAGCGCUGGAGAUCGCGGGCGAGGCAGGCGGGUGGACUUGGACCUCCUUCUCGCUGCCAGCCUCGCCCGGCGCGGCACUGCCGGCGGUGGUGUCGGAAUUCACUGCUCUGGUGGUCGACGACGACGAUUUCGUUCUUGACGUGGCGUGCCAGUCGAUUUCGAGCAUGGAGGCGGAUCCGCCUCGACCCAGCCUGAGCCAUUUACGCUCGCCUGACGUGGGAGGCGUGCACACGGCGGGGCCACCAGCGUUGAGGUUAGCAUCGAACGUUCUGCGAACGUUUGCAUAG